CAAGACCUAAGCUAUCACUGGACGCAUAAAGGACUUUGCUAAAUUAGCAGGGACAAGGAAAAUGGCAACCUCACUCAGUGGGAUUGAGCCUGGGAGUGAAGCUGCUGUGACCACACCCUAUGACUAUGAGGAGGCACUGCCAUGUGAAAAAAGCAACAUCAAGGAGCUGGGGGCCCAGUUCCUGCCCCCACUGUAUUCCCUGGUGUUCACGGUUGGUCUGCUGGGCAAUGUAGUGGUGGUGGUGAUCCUCACAAAAUACAAGAGGCUCCGCAUUAUGACCAACAUUUACCUGCUCAAUUUGGCCAUUUCUGACUUGCUCUUCCUAUUUACUCUGCCGUUCUGGAUUCACUAUGUCGGGCUGAAUGAGUGGGUUUUUGGCCACCACAUGUGUAAGCUGCUCUCUGGGCUCUACUACAUGGGCUUGUACAGCGAGAUCUUCUUCAUCAUCCUCCUGACCAUCGACCGGUACCUGGCCAUCGUCCACGCUGUGUUUGCCCUUCGAGCCCGGACGGUCACUUUUGGCAUCGUCACCAGCGUCUUCACCUGGGGCCUGGCAGGGCUAGCAGCCCUCCCUGAAUUUAUCUUCCAUGAGCCCCAAGAGCAGUUUGGACAGACUUUCUGCAGUCCUCUUUACCCGAAGGACAGAGAAAAUGCCUGGAAGCGUUUCCAUGCUCUGAGGAUGAAUAUCCUUGGUCUCGCUCUGCCUCUGCUCGUUAUGGCCAUCUGCUACUCAGGAAUCAUUAAAACACUGCUGAGAUGCCCCAGCAGAAAAAAAUACAAGGCCAUCCGGCUCAUUUUUGUCAUCAUGGUGGUCUUCUUUAUUUUCUGGACACCCUACAAUCUGGUUAUCCUACUUUCUGCUUUUCAAAUACACUUGGAGACGGACUGUGAGCAGAGCAGACAGCUGGACCUGGCCAUGCUGGUGACGGAGGUGAUCGCCUACACGCACUGCUGUGUCAACCCUGUGAUCUACGCCUUUGUUGGCGAAAGGUUCCGGAAGCAUCUUCGCCACUUUUUCCACAGGCAUAUGGCCAUCUACCUGAGCAAAUUCAUCCCAUUUCUUCCUAGCGAAAAACUGGAAAGAACCAGCUCUGUCUCCCCAUCAACAGAGCAGGAACUCUCUGCUGUAUUUUAGGUCAGAUGCAGAGCAUUGCCUAAAGAAGAUGCACAGGACAGAAGAAGCAAACACACUGACCUCUGCACCAGUCCUUCGAACUUUCAGCGCAACACUGAAGCUCUUAAAGACAUUAAAAUAUAUACACAAUGAUGGCAGUAUAACCAUGCACCCCAAAGUCAUUACCCAAGUCAAUGGCUGGGCAGUGACUUGCUGUCAACCCUGAGAAGCAGAGCUUUGCUUAAUUCUCCCAAGAGUUACAUAAAUUUUAAUGCACCUGAAUGUUACAUAGUUACUAUAUGCAGCUACACACAGGUAAAGCUUUUUAUAUCUUAAAACUUAACUUCAGCCAGUUAUUGUAUAAAUGAAACAUACUUCACAAAAUACAAUAAAUCAAUUACAU